UGGGACCGGCUGGGAGAGUGUGGCAGCGUGCCGGUAGAGCAUUGGAUGUCCACCGAGCUAAUGCAAUGGCCUUUCUUAACAGUGGCAGUGGAAUGGACCAGGAGUCGUUUCACCUCCCUCCUUAUUCUAAGUCGAUCAGGACAGAGAAAAUAGAACAGGAGAAAUUAUCUGGUGUAGUGAAAAAUGUCCACCGAAAACUUCGGAGGAAAUAUGUUGAAGUGGGUGACUUUGAGAAGAUUUGGCGGGAGCACUGUGAGGAUGAGCGAACCCUCAGUGAGUAUGCUGUGGCCAUGAAGAACCUGGCUGAUAACUACUGGACUAAAAACUGUGAAGGAGAAGUUCGCAUUGAAUGGUGUCGCAGUAUUUGUCAAGACUAUUUUCUUGAUGGUGGAAUGAAGAGAAUGCUGGAAAAAGAUGAGAAAAGUGCAAAGUUUGCCUUUGGUGGGCCUGCUGUAAAUGUCCAGUCUCACUCCUCUUCAAGGUCUACUCUUCAUUCAGGCAAGAUCCGCCUAUUAGAUGUGGGCAGCUGUUUUAACCCCUUUCUCAAAUUUGAUGAAUUCUUCACAGUUGGUAUUGACAUAGUGCCUGCAGUUGAGAGUGUGUACAAGUGUGACUUCCUGAACCUGCAGUUGCAGCAGCCUCUGCAGUGGGCCUCUGACGCCGUGGAGGCUUUCUUACAGCAGCUGCAGGGUCCCAUUGAGGCGUUGCCCGCGCAGCUCUUUCAGGUGGUGGUCUUCUCUCUGCUCCUGUCCUACUUCCCCUCUCCAUACCAGCGCUGGAUCUGCUGCAAGAAGGCCCACGAGCUGCUCAACCUCAACGGCCUUCUCCUCAUCAUCACUCCAGACUCCUCCCACCAGAACCGCCAUGCGACCAUGAUGCACAGCUGGCGUAUUGCAGUGGAGUCACUGGGCUUCUGCCGCUACAAGUAUGCCAAGUCCUCCCACAUGCACCUUUUGGCCUUCCGCAAGGUCUCACUGACCACGACUAGUGACCUGGUCAGCUGCAAUUACCCCGAGAUGAUGUACAUUCCUCAGGACUUCCAUAUCCCAGAGCAGGAAGAGGACAAAGGGGUUGUGCACAGUCGGUCAGACCUGGAGGAUGACCAGAUAGCACUUGGCUUUACGGAGCUGCCAGACAUGCCGUAUGAUUCAGACUCUGGGGACAGUAGUAGUGCUCCGUUUCACGAGCUGGAAGAUCCAGUCCUGCUUCAGAACUGAAACACUCAAGCUCCCAUUCCGCUCUGCCAGCCUGAUGAGACAGACCUGCUGCCAAAUUAACUUCUAAUUCAUACGCACAUGCCCCUCUAAUGGUUUUGUACAGAACAAGAACAAUGCAGUUUGCACAACGGAAGAAGACAUGUUUACACUCUGCCCCUUACGUAUGUCCCCUUUUUUUGAAGCUGUGUCUCAGGUUUGAAGUUUUGGAAAAGAAAACCUUCAGAUAUCCUGUCAGUAGAACACAGGUUAGCACCCCUAACAUAUGUUCUGGGCUUAUUGUAGCCUGCCACCUAAACAAUGUCACACAUGUUCUACAGACUCUGCAGGUUUGCCGCUUUACGUGUGAAGAGCAGGUGUGCUGGAAAGGGUUUCUUGCUAUGAGUUAUUCCUGGUCAAAGAAAGUAAUAGAGGAAAGGCAUUCUACAAAUGGUUUCCCCACCAGCAUUUUAAAGAUGUGGUUCCUUUUGAGUAAGAUGGAAUUGGCUGGUUAUUAAUCCUUUUCAACAUUUAUUUUCAGUACUUGUUUUAUUGCAAAAUGUAAGUACAAGUGUGGGUUACGCCAAAUGUUUGCAUGAGUGUUACUGAACUUCAGAUGGAUGUGCUGGACUCUUUUCAGAUAUUUUUGUUACUUGGCUCUCUCUGGUUUAUGCAAAUGCUUUAAUGUGUCAGACAGUGAUUUUAAGCUAUUGGUGAGUCAUCUUAGAAAUGUCAUGGUACCUUUUUAAAAGAAAGCACACCAAAUUCUGUUGUCAGGACGAGUAGUAUGAGUCGAGUUUUGUGAGAAUUUUAACUGGUAGAAUACCCUCUUGUAAACGUCAUGUAACUAAUAUGGAGACUUGAAGAAAAAACUAACAAUUCAUUGGUGAUGUUCAAACUGUAGCUUUAGCUUUAGAUUUUCUUGGGUUGACAAAUCAGAUUUUACAAAAUGAUACUACAGUACAAUAGACCACACCCAAUUACAAUGCAGAAUUACACGUAAUUGCGCAUAAUUUGAGAGAUUUUGGAUAGAACCUAGCCAAAGUGCUUGCAUCAGUGUAUAUGCCAGUUACUCCUUUUGUUUUCAUUAUAUAUGAAAUAAAAUGAGCCGUAAAACAUUGUUUCACAAUUUCCAACA